UUCACCUGUGCUUAGCUGGCGGUUGCCACCAGAAGCUUUUAAGAAGAAAAGAGGAACAGCCGCCUUCCAAAAAGCACUCUGCAAAAGUGACUUCUUAGCAGACAGCAGCAUCCGAACCCGAGGCGGAAAAAUAAUUCAGCAAAAAUCUUGACCCAAGAAACCUUGCAGGAGAACCACUUAACCGCUGACACCAUCAGGCCUUGGGUGGGACCCCAUCUGGCGCCCUCCAGCUUUGCUCCAGGCAGGUUGAGGUGCCAGAAUGCAGAGUCGAGACCCCUGCAGCCAUUCUCUUUAAAGGGAAAGAGGAGUGGGCAGAGAGUCCGGGCAAAAGCAGGAGAGUCCUGGUGCCAGGCCCAGCAAGGUUUCCAGCUGGGCUUCUCAGCUGCCCCUCCUGGCAGGGCAAAGUGGCAUCUGCUAGGCAGUGCCGGCCAAACGGCAGAGGAAGCAGGGACACCGCUCAGCCCCCAAGAGGGGCGGCCACCACAGGAGAAUCCCUGGGAUCCCUGCCAAAGUUGAGCAGGAAGGCGGCAGCCCUCCCACUGCGAGGAAGAAAGCAGCCGAGGUUGAAUUUCAGAAACCAGCCCGGAUUAGCCACACUUGGGUGCCCUGUGGCUCACUCAGGCGGCAAGAGCAAAAGCAGGCCAGGCCGGCCGGCCAAAGGAAGGGCUGAGCCUCGCUGGGCAGAAGACGUGCUAGCAGAACCCUCCGGGUAGCCCUCCAGGCCGGCCAGCUAGCCAAUGCAGGAAUCCCCGGGGAGGAGAUGGGCAUGCCUGGCAGAGGGGAAACUAAUCCCACUCCGCACAAUGGCCUAGCCUGCUUUGGGCCCUAAGCCAUCUCCCCGCACCCCGGGAGGCUCUCAAGACCUGCUGGCACUCUGGCUCUGCUCCUCAGGGACCUCGUUCUGUGGGUCUCCAACCUCCUCCCCCCAUUUAUGCAAGGCCAGGAAAAUGACAUUCCCCCAGAGGCUGGACCGGUGAGACGAUGGGUGAAAUUGGCAUUUUUCUAGCACUGAAUCCGGAUUUUAGAGCAGCCAGAGACCUUGAGCGCCAAUCCUCUUUUUCUUUCCAUCAUACAGGGUUGAGCUCUGAGCUGUCAACAUCCAAUGUCUUAAUUUUUAAAGGUUUUGUGACUGUUCUCUUGUGUAACCCACAGUUGCCUUUCUGUUCCAAGCUUUUUUCUUUGACUGACUUACUCAUAAUUUUAAAAUUCCUAUUAUUUUAUGGCAGAAAAAAGAGGCGCAAAUCCAAUAAACGACCACACAAUUCUACUGAGGAAACAGAGAAACUGCUUAGAGUGUGAGAUGAUGGGCUCCUUUCUCCCUUAAAUUGAGAAACUCAGGAGGAAUCACAGACCCCAAGUGAAAAGCUCUUUGCACAUGCUUGGGAGCCCAUUCAGUGGAGCCAAAAAGCAAAGCCCUGGGUGUCUGGAAGCCAUAGAACUAUUGCACAUGCACAUGCACAUCAGCAGACUACCAUUCUGCUGGUUAGUCCUAACUGCCUCUUGCUUUCUCCAACAGCCUCAAGGCAGCUGGCCAGCCGCAUGUCCCUGAAAUGCAGAAAUUCAGCAGCCCCACUUAGCCCACCCCACGCCCUUCCCACACGCAAGGGGGCUCUGAGGGCACUCCUCCAUAACCCCACUUGGGCCAGAGGCACAGACCGAAGGAAUGGUCCAGGACUCUGAGCCAGGCCUUGUGCUGGGAGCAAGGGCCAGGGCGCCUCCUGCCUGGGCCCCAAUAGCAAAGUCCCCCAUCUGAUAAAAACCAGCCACGGCUCACUCUCAAAGCAGCACCGGGCAAAGGGGUCGGUCCCCUGAGCCUGCGGCAGGCCCCAUCCUGGCCUGACUCCCUUCCGGGCAAGGGAGAAGCCCCCCUCCCAAGGCCCAGGCAACCUCUGUCCCCAAGGGAGCCCCGAUUCGUGUCCGGGACAUCAAGAACUCUUCGCAGCCUGUACCGACGAGGGCGGCGCCUCCGGUGCUCUACCGCGGAGUCCCGCUCCGCCACCCCUGCUCUAGACAGGCCCAGCAGGGCUGCGGUGGGGAGGGGCAAAAAGGGGUGUCCGGCCAGGGCUCUCCGAAGGGCACGAAAUCCGCUUUGCAGUCGGCCGCGUCGGGACGGCCGGGUUGUUGGUUCGCCGCUCGCGCCAGCGCUCCGCUCAAUGGGGGGAUGCGCGGCUGGCCGCCUUCCCCGCUAAGCCCCGGAGGGAGGCGGCGAGGGGCGGCGUUGCCUGCGCCGAGCGAAGCCGCCCGCCCGCCCGCUUGACGCUGCCGCCCUGCCUGCCGAGAAGCCCCUGCGUCAGCAGCAGCAGCGGCAACGGCAGCAGCAACGGCGGCAGCAGCAGCGGCGGCCGCGGUGGCGGCGGCGGCGGCGGAGUGAAGGACAAAAGGAUGCGAGAGCCGCCCAGGCGGCUGCUACCUGCGCCAGUCCCGGGAGCCGCGAGGGGGGCCGUUGCCAGUCGCGGCGCCGGCUUAGGAUGGUCCGGGGCUCUGCCGCUGCUGCCGCCGCCCCCGCUUGCCCGCCUCCGCCUCCCGCAGCAGUCGCCGGGCUCCGCUGAAAGCUGCAGGCGCGGCGGGCUGCAGGUGCCGCAGCUCCCACCGUCGGGCCCCGGAGGCCGCCCGCCGCCUCGCCCGGGACUCCCGCUCGCCGCCCCGAGCCCCCCCGCCCUAGGCGCUGCGCCCCGCCGGCCAGGGAGCGAGGCGCGGGCGAGUGGGAGCCGCCGCCGCCGCGCCGGCCAUGGAGCUGCGUCCCCCGCAGCGCCCCCCCAGCCGCCGCCACCGCUCUCGCCGCCGCCAGCCCUUGUCCCGCCGCCCAAGGACGCGCCCGCACAGCGUCGGCGCCGCUCGCCCGGGCGCCCAGUGCGGGGUGCCGCGGCGGCCGCCCGCCCCGCCAACCCCUCGGGGGGCCUGACUCGGGCCUCGGGCGACCCGCCACCGCCUCCGGCCGGCCAGCCCCCGCCUGCCGGCCGCUGCGCCCUGUCCCUCCCCCCCGAUGGAGAACGGCGGCGGCGGCGGCGGCGGCGGCUCCCGGGUCCAGCCGGGCUAAGGCGGGAGGGCGGCUCGCCCCGCCGUCGGCUCCGAGUCCCCCGCGAUGGUGAAGAAUGCUGGCGCCGCACCAUGAAGCUCCUGCGGCAGGCUCCUCCGCAGCCCGCCCGGAACGCCGCCCCGCUCGCCUGCCUAGCCUACCUCGUGGCGCAAGCGUGGCUGGUGGCGUGCGCCGUGGCGGCCAGGCCCGGGCCGCAGAGCUGCCCCUCGGUCUGCUCCUGCAGUAACCAGCUGAGCAAGGUGGUCUGCACCCGGCGGGGGCUGGCCGAGGUGCCGCUGGGCAUCCCCUCUGGCACCCGCUACCUGAACCUGAUGGAGAACAGCAUCAAGGUGAUCCAGGCGGACACCUUCCGCCACCUGCACCACCUGGAGGUGCUCCAGCUGGGGCGCAACGCCAUCCGGCAGAUCGAGGUGGGGGCCUUCAACGGGCUGGCCAGCCUCAACACCCUGGAGCUCUUUGACAACUGGCUGACGGUGGUGCCCAGCGGGGCCUUCGAGUACCUCUCCAAGCUGCGGGAGCUCUGGCUGCGCAACAAUCCCAUCGAGAGCAUCUCGUCCUACGCCUUCAACCGCGUCCCCUCCCUCAUGCGCCUGGACCUGGGCGAGCUCAAGAAACUCAAGUACAUCUCCGAGGGGGCCUUCGAGGGGCUCUACAACCUGAAGUACCUGAACCUGGGCAUGUGCGCCAUCCGGGAGAUGCCCAACCUCUCCCCUCUGGUGGGGCUGGAGGAACUGGAGAUGUCCGGCAACACCUUCCCGGCCAUUAAGCCGGGGGCCUUCCACGGACUGAAGUCGCUCAAGAAGCUGUGGAUUAUGAGUGCCCAGAUCGGCGCCAUCGAGCGCAAUGCCUUCGACGACCUCACGGCGCUGGUGGAGCUCAACCUGGCCCACAACAACCUCACCUCUCUGCCCCACGACCUCUUCGCGCCUCUGAGGUACCUGGUGGAGCUGCACUUGCACCACAACCCCUGGAAUUGCGACUGCGACAUCUUGUGGCUAUCUUGGUGGCUUCGGGAAUAUAUCCCCACCAACUCCUCUUGCUGCGGGCGCUGCCAUGCCCCCACGCACAUGCGGGGAAAGUUCCUGGUGGAGGUGGACCAGACGGCCUUCCAGUGCUCGGCCCCCUUCAUCUUGGAUGCCCCUCGGGACCUCAACAUCUCUGAGGGGAGGGUGGCCGAGCUCAAGUGCCGGACCCCUGCCAUGUCCUCUGUGCGGUGGCUGCUGCCCAACGGGACGGUGCUGAGCCACGCCUCCAACCACCCCCGAAUCUCCGUCCUCAACGACGGCACCCUGAACUUCUCCCAGGUCCUCCUCACGGACACGGGGACGUACACGUGCAUGGUGACCAAUGUGGCAGGGCACUCCAAUGCCUCGGCCUACCUCAAUGUGAGUACGGCUGAGCUCAACACAUCCAACUACAGUUUCUUCACCACGGUCACGGUGGAGACCACGGAGACGUCGCCUGAGAAUCUCUUCCCCAAGUUCACCAAGCCGGUGCCGACUGCCUCCACGGGCUACCAGCCGGCCUACACCACCACCACCACCGUGCUCGUCCAGACGACCAAGACGCCCAGGCAGGACGCCACCCUGGAUGGCAACGACAAGAUGCAGACCAGCCUGGACGAGGUGAUGAAGACCACCAAGAUCAUCAUCGGCUGCUUUGUGGCCGUGACCCUCCUGGCGGCGGCCAUGCUGGUCGCCUUUUACAAACUUCGCAAGCGUCACCAGCAGAGGAGUACGGUGGGGGCCGCCAGGACCGUGGAAAUCAUACAGGUGGACGAAGACAUUCCGGCCUCGGCGGGGGCAGCGCCUGCCACCGCCGCCACCACCACCGCCACCCCUUCGACCACGUCUGGCAUGUCAGGUGAGGGGGCAGUUGCGCUGCCGGCUAUUCAUGACCACUACAACACUUACAAACCCUCCCAGGGGGCCCACUGGACAGAAAACUGUUUGGGGAACUCCCUGCACCCCACGGUCACGACCAUUGCAGAACCGUAUAUAAUACAAACCCACCCCAAGGAGAAAGUGCAGGAAACUCAGAUCUGACUCCUUUCCUGCCCCCCCCCAUUAUUAAAUAAAUGCAAUAGGAUGCACAACAGACAAAACCAAGUUUCAUAGCCGGAGGGAGGAGGGCAGUCCCGUUCUCCCGCCCCCCGCCCCCCCCCUAUAUGCUUCUAUAUUAGGUCAUGGGCUGAAAGAAGAAGCAGAUUCUAUUAAAAUGUAAAGAAAAGCCUGUUUUCUAACUUGUUAGCUGCAUUGAGAAGGAAGUGUAACUCCGAAUCUCUCCCCCCCCCCCCACCCCACCCCCGGGACAGAGGCAUAGAUCCCCACGGCGAGUUUCGGCAUCAGACCUAUUUAAAGCAAAAACAUAAACAGCCUUGCUCCCAAAGACAGUGGCGGAGAAGAUAAAACAGAAAAUUUCAAAACCAAGGA